CAAGACGAGUCACAAAGUUGAAAGCCAAAUGAGUGAAAGAGAACGUUAAUUUCGACGAACCAGACGGAGAAUCAAGCGAAGACUGGUAGGAAUGAGAGGAAGGCCGUGAACGGUAGCUCACAAAUACACACACACCCACGGCACACACACAGAGUCAAAAGUCACAGAGAGAGAGAGAGAGAGAGAGAGAGAGAGGGGGGGGGGGUUGUGCUUGAACUGGAGAAGCGCCGGAGACUGGAAUCUGAAAAGGAGAAAAGAGAUGUUUGGGGUUGCAGGAGGUGAAUUCCUGAAGGAAUUCGCGGUAAUAGGAGGUUUGAUAAGCGUUCAAGCCAUAUACGGAUUCUGUGCGGUGUUCACAAGCCAUCUGUUGUCCAUUGGCGUUGGUCCUCUAUUUCUUAUCAUCUAUGGAAGCUUUACAACCUCCAUCAUCCUCCUUCCUUUCUCUAUUUCCUUUGAAAGGAAAAGCUGGCCCAACAAAAUCACUCUAAAGUUGAUACUUAAAUUGUUGUUGAUUUCCUUUGGAGGGGUAGUGUUCCAAGCUCUGAUGCUCAUGGGGGUUAAGAAGACAUCUCCUGCAGUGGCUUCUGCCAUGCCCAACCUUGCUCCAGGGUUCAUCUUCCUCAUUGCCUGGUCACUCGGGUUAGAGAAAGUAAAGCCCCAAUGCAUCUAUAGUAAAGCCAAGAUUGUAGGGACUCUUGGUUGUAUCAUUGGAGCCAUAGCCAUUAGCUUCUUUCAUGCUCCUCGGACUACAGAAGCACCUGUGAUACUUGCAACUAUAGACACAAUCAAGAUCAUUGGCAGCUUAUAUCUCAUUGGUGGAGUUUUUGUUUUAUCCUGUACUAUUGUUUUGCAGGCUCAUGUUAUGAUCGAUUUCCCUGCACCCAUGUCCUUAUGUGCUGUAACAGCCCUGACUGGUGCUAUUAUUAGUGGGAUAUUGCAGUUGAUUCAAGAACAUAAGUUGGAUUUUAGUUGGCCACUCGUGGAUACUCGAGUCCUUAUUGGGGCUGCCCUACUGGGAGGGAUUGUAGGUGGAGCCUCCACAAGCUUUAGUACGUGGGUAAUGAAAAAGAGGGGACCUGUCUUUGUCUCCAUGUUUAGCCCCAUCGGAACUGUGUUCUCUGUUAUAAUCUCUUGCCUCACAAUAGGAGAUUCCAUUACCAUAGGAAGCCUAUUAGGAAUGCUACUCAUGUUCACUGGUCUCUAUUUGUGCUUAUGGGCUAAGAAGAAUGAAGGUCAAGUCUACAUGGACACAGAUACUGAGACAACAAAAUCUUAUGAUCCAGAGCAGCCUCUUUUAAGUUAACAGUCCAUUAGUUCAUCCUUUGUUCUGUAUCAUAUUUGAUUUCAAGUCUUUCUCCACGCAGAGGAGUCCCUCCCCCUCCUCUUUUUUGGGUAGGAAUGUGAAGCCUUGUAAGGUAAAAAUGUAUAAACAUAGAAUACAGAAGAAAACAGGUGGUUUAAGAUGGCUAAUAUCUUCAAUUAUAGGAUCA